AGCCCUAAUCCAGGGAGAGGGGAGAGCGCGCGAUGGCGGAUCGCAACUACACUGUCCGCACGCGCAAGUUCAUGACGAAUCGUCUCCUCCUUCGCAGGCAAUUUGUCGUGGAGGUUCUUCAUCCGGGGCGAGCCAAUGUUUCCAAGGCUGAGCUCCGGGAGAAGCUGGCCAAGGUUUACGAGGUCCGUGAUCCCCAGGCGGUGUUCGUGUUUGGGAUGAGAACCAAGUUUGGCGGCGGAAAGUCGUCGGGAUUCGGUCUCAUCUACGACUCGGUCGAGGCUGCCAAGAAGUUCGAGCCCAAGUAUCGGCUUGUCAGGAACGGACUUGCAACCAGGGAGCAGAAGUCGAGGAAGCAGCUCAAGGAGAGGAAGAACAGGGCCAAGAAGAUCCGCGGAGUGAAGAAGGUCAAGGCUUCUGGAGAGGCUCAAAAGGCAGGAAAGAAGAAGUGAUGUGAUUUCCAGGUAGUUUUCUUGAAAUUAACCGGGCUUAGCGCGAGGCUUUCUAAGUCAAAAGAAGAAGUGUCGAGAUCAAAUGUAUUCUCUCUCUCUCUCUCUCGCUUUCUUUCCAAGCAUCAAGCGUCUCGUGGUGUGUAUUUACUUUC